UUAAUUUUCUUCUUAUGAAAAUCACUCCGAAACGUAGUCCCACAUCGUUCUGAUCAGUGGUUUAUCAAUGCUGGCAAAACUAUUCUCCAGGAUUUUCUUUUCUCGGGGGAGCAUGAACUGAAUUGCAUGUUUUUUUGGCUUCAUUAUACCAAUUUCAGAAUUGUGCCCUGUAACUUUUGAAGUACAGAGAGCUUUGUUAUAGGAACCAUGGAGGGGAGAAUGGCACUCUUGUUUCUUUUUGUAUUGGCUGCUGCCUGGGCUUGUGAUGCAAGAGAACUGGCUAAACGUGAUCAAUUGAGCAAACUAAGCAUAAAACCUGAUGUAUGUGCACUUUGUGAGGAAUACACUGCCAAGACACUUGAUUAUCUAAAUGAAAACAAGACUCAGCAAGAGAUCAUUGAUAUUCUGCACAACACUUGCCACCAGCUUCCCCCUUUUAAUCAGAAGUGCAUUACUUUGGUGGAUUAUUAUGCUCCUCUUUUCUUCUUAGAAAUAGCUUCAAUUCAGCCUGAAGAGUUCUGUCACAAGAUCCAUAUCUGUCAUGUCAUUUCAUAUAUUUCCUCUCAAGUUCAAGAAGAUAGCUGCGGUUUUUUCAAAGAUGUUGUUUCAACUCUAUUGACUAAGUUGAAAGAUAGUGAUACCAAGCUAGAUAUAAUUGAGACAGCACUGAAGGUGUGCAACUCAGUGGAGAAGUAUGCAAAUAAGUGCAGAAGAAUGGUUUUGGAGUAUGGACCCUUGGUUUUUGACAGUGCAGAAAAAUUCCUGGAAAACACAGAUAUGUGCACUGCAAUCUAUGCCCUUAAAUCUUUAACGAUGGCUGGCCAACAAGCCUUUCUUCUUUAAGACUCUUAUGGAAACAACGUUCUAACAGAUUUGUGGUGUACUCGUUGCAGAAGAUUGCCAAAUACAUAACACCAUAUUGAGGAGAGAUACAUUGUCAGUGUAAAAUUUUUAAUACAGCAUAUCAAGUUAUGUGUCUGCAUAGAUCAUUGAAAAAUUCAAGACUUUCUAUGUAUGCAUGUUUAAUUAUUUGACAAUACAUUUACAAGCAGUGAGGAAAAACUCAUAUAUAAAAUUCUGGCAUUAAAAG